AUGUCCGGAUUUGAAAUAGCUGGGGUAGUACUGGGAUCAAUUCCAUUGGUCGUAUCAGCUUUGGAGCACUAUGCUGAAGGGCUCUCAACCAUAAGAAGCAUGCAAAAGUACGAGGAAGUAUUCGGAUAUCUUCAUGCUUCUUUCGUAACUAUCGCUUGCAUCUACAGGAAUGCUUGUGAAGAGCUUUUGAGUCCAUUAGCUCUCUCUGAUGAUCAACUAUUUCAGCUUCUCGAGAAUCGCGAGAGUUCAGCAUGGGAGAGCCCAGAGCUUAGCGAUGCUUUACGCAAUCGAUUGGGAAGCAACUAUCUACCCUUCAAAUCUUCUGUCAAGCAACUAAACAAGAAGAUCAACCUUUUCGGUCGAAAGUUGCAACUAGACAAGGACUUCCAGCCACCGUGGACUAGAGCAACAGGUUGUGUCGAUGUGAUGGCACGAAACAAGUUCUUCAAUGAUCCAUGGAUCCGCAUUAAAGGAGGGUUCAAGUCGAAGCACUACAAAGAACUGCUAUCGUCUAUUGAAGAAGACAUUAGCCGCAUUGCCAAUCUCACAGCGGGAGCUAUUGCGCUUCAGCCAUUGCGAGUUGAAAGAAGACGCAGAGCGAACACGGAAUACUUGACAAAGUUUCGUCAGCAGGCGGAGAAACUUUACGACGCUUUUAACACACGAUGGUCGUCAAGAUGUGUAUGCCAAAGUACACAUCAAGCAAAUUUGCGACUUGACAUACAAAGAGAAGAGGAAGCAGGCAAACCUUCCACAUUCAAACUGGUGUUUACAUUUGGCUCAUCACAAGCCGGAAAUACUGCUCCUUGGAAAUCGAUCCCAGUGGAGAUCGAGGCUGUUGAUGUCACUGAUACGACGAAAUCACACGACUCACUGCUCCCUAGUAUUGUAGUCCACUCAAACAUCGAAGCACACGACCACUGGAAAUGCUUAAAAAGAGCUCCGGAUAUCGUCGAUCUAUGCGCGACAUUGCAACGCUGUCCAAGCCCAGACUGCAUAGGGGUAAUGAGCAGCAAGCUCGCCAAACAUCACAUCCACACUCUUCACCUACCCAAUGCCAACACGACCGACGAACGAGUCACAUUACAAGAAGUUAUGAUGAAACAAGGCACAACCUUCCUGAUCAAGGAAAAGUGUACACUUGCCCUCACCCUCGCUUCCGCAGUCUACCACCUUCAUAACACACCCUGGCUAGAAGAAACAUGGGAUCUCAAUGACAUAUGCAUCCUAAGCCAAUCUUUACUAUCCGACCAGCCUUAUAUAUCGCGUGACUUUCCUUCUACAGCUACGUCACCGAUACAGAACCAAAGGGUGCGUAUCAUUAAGAACAGCAUCAUCUUCGCGCUGGGUGUCGCGUUGCUAGAGAUCUCGUAUGGCAAGCCUCUGAACACGUUUGUCACUUCAGAAGACCUCGAUGCAAGUGGCAACCGUACGGCUUUCACCGAUUAUCUCAUAGCGGAUCGUUUGGCAGAGGGCUUACGAACGAGGGAGUUGCCGAACUAUGCGGAUGCGACGCAGAGGUGUAUACAUUGUAACUUUGAAGCUUCGGUAUAUAGUCUCCAUAACGACGAUUUUAGGGAGAGGUUCUAUCAGGGUGUCAUUGUGCCGUUGAGGAAGGACUAUGAAUAUGUUGUUAGUACUACCGUGGCGUAA